GCUUCAAGACAAGGUGCACACGAUGACGGAGGCGUUAUAUGAUCUGAUGUUCGCUCGCGAGGAGUUUGAAGAGACGCUUAUACGAGAAGCCGAGGCAAUCAACGAGCUGACUGCAAGCGUCGGAGAGACUCGGGGCUACACUCCAUCACACGGAGCUCUGCUGUGGCAAAUGACCACGCUACUACGGCGCGAUUCUUCAGGGCAGUCAGGCGGCGGCAAAGAUUAAUAAUCGGAUGUUCCGAGUGUGUAUGAGAACUGCAGUUUUUUCUUUUCUUUAA